UCUGCUCAUCUCUCCGCCGUGACGACCGUCCUCUCUCACCGCGCGCCAGGCAGCACGAACCCCACAGGGAUGGAGCCAGCGGGCGCAUACGGCGCCGGGAAGGCCGGGAGCGCCGCUUUCGAUCCGGUCGCCUUCUUUACGCAUCCUCGGACCAUCCUCAGGCUGCUUUCCUGGGUUUUCUCCAUGGUGGUGUUCAGCUGCAUUGUGAACGAGGGGUACAUCAACAUCGGGAGCGAGCGGUUGCUCUGCGUCUUCAACAACAACGCAGACGCCUGUAACUACGGCGUUACCGUCGGUGUGGCCUGUUUCCUAGGCAGCAUCUGCUUCCUGAUUCUGGACAUUUACUUUCCGACCAUCAGCAGUGUCCGGGACAGACGACGCGCUGUCCUGCUGGAUUUGGUCUUCUCUGCCCUGGCCAGCUUCCUGUGGUUUGUUGGCUUCUGUUUUCUGGCCAAUCAGUGGCAGGCAACGUCUCCAGAUGAGCUGCCAUUGGCCCAGGGCUCCGAUGCUGCCAGGGCCACCAUCGCUUUCUGCUUCUUCUCCAUCCUCACUUGGGCUGUACUGACGCUGAGUGCAUUGCGGCGCUUCUUAUCAGGCAGCAAUAUGGCCUUGUUCACAUGGCAACACCUGGACCCAGCCCCGAGCAACGCUCGAGCCACACCCUACCCCAUCGCCAACGGGGCCACCAUAGUAACCACAAAUCCCUACCAAGCUCCACCCUUCACCGAAACCUUGGACCCCCAGAAACUCACACAGCAGAGACCCAUGGCUCCUGCCUUCUGAGAGAGAAAAAGAGAGCGAGAGAGAGGGAACUGAGGGGGGGUGAGGUGAGCGACAUCACAUACAGCGCAGGAUUCAGUACUUCCUGCUUGUUGUUUAGUGGGUUUCAUCCUCUCCCGGGAUUGGCAGAAUUUGGGUCAUGUGUUGUGAGAUCUAUUUUCACCAUGGCAACCGCUGGCUCAGCAUAGUCAGCUUAGAAUAUUGUAACCCUCUGUGUCAGAAUACUGUCUUCUGUUCAUGCACACACACACAGAUAUCGACGCACGCCAGCACGGAUGUACACAGACACAGACACGCUCACUCAAACAGAUGCAUAGUUGGAAAUACACACACACACACACAUACACACACAAACACACACACACCUUGACUGCAUGUUCAUAUGGUGAGGUGCAGAUUAACAUAGAUGUAGAUCAGUGAUGAUGCUCCAUCUACCUUAUAAAGGGAUACGAGGUCUUUUUUGCGAAGGCGGUAUGGAGCGCUGUGGAGACGGCUGAAGCUGUGUAGCUCUGUUUAACAUCAUCUGCUUCUGUUUGCCUUUAGCCAGUCUGACCAAUCACAAGCUGCUCUAGAGACCUGUUUCUUUGGCCCAAACUGAGAGAGAGAGGUGGCCUGACCGAUAGUUUGGGAUUGA